CAUAGAAGAAGAUGGAAGGAACGCCGAACCGCUUUAUGAAGGACAUUGCGCCCUUGGGUAGAAGAAUGAGCGAUAAAGCUCAUUUUGAAAACCUUUCCGGCCUCGGAGUUGUCUGAGCGACUUGAGCCGAGUCAGAGAAGGAGUUCCAGACCGUGUAGACACUGACACAUUCGCUCGUCGAGCUCAAACUUGUGAGAGGCCUUUUCGUCAUUAGUUCGCUUAAGCGGAACAGCGAGUGGAUCUCAACCUUCAGUGGUGCAUCAAGAAUGACUUUUUCUUAUUAGCGUCCAACCAGCCAAAUACUUCAAUUUUGGCAAUCAAUAAUCGCUUACAGGUUUGCAGCUUGCCCAAACAACAUAUCACAAACUUUGCACAAUGAGUGGCGGAUUUUUGGCCCUACAGCAGAAGAAAUCUCGCGAGAAGCGAAAGUUGGUGGAUCUUGAGGAUGCUUUCAAAGAAGCUGACAAGAACAAGGACGGGAAGCUCAGUUUGGAUGAGUGGUGCGACGUUCUGGCCAAAACCGGACAUGAAAAUGCCAGACAAGAAGUGGUGGAAGUGUUCCGGGCCAAAGAUCGUGACAUGGACGGCAAGAUGAGCUUCGAGGAGUUCUGCGGGCAAAAGAGCCGCUACGAGUUGGCCUUUGAGGCCAUCGACAAGAAUGGAGAUGGCUUCGUGUCUCGCCACGAGUUCAAAAAGAUCUGUCCCAACCUCUCCAAAGAGCAACGCGAGGCCGCUUUCGACAAAUUCGAUAAAGAUGGCACUGGACGGAUAAACUACAAAGAGUUCUGCUCGAUGCUCACCAAAAAGUGAAGCACUACUCCGACCAGGAUAAACACGAUCCUCUCUGGGAUGGGUUUGCUAGUGUGGGUGGGUGCGUGCGUGCGUGUUCCAUUAUUUGGCUUGUGUCACUGUCUCCUCCAUUUUCUCACUUCUCAAAACCUAGUAUCAACUACAAUAACAUAAUCAAAGCGAGUGUAUCACCCUCAAGGAUUUGUGACGGAUGUCCACGAGAAUGCAUGUUCUUGUAUGUGUGACACGUAGAUGUUAGUGCUAUCAAUAAAAAAGAAUACGUAUGCGUGUGAUCUAACGGA